CGCAGCCCGCUCGCGGCGUGUGGGCGGGGCCAGGCGAGGCCAGUCACUGCAGCUUUCUUGCGGCCUCGCCAACCGUCCCGGCGCCGCGGCCUGCCCGCUUCCCGUCGCCCAGCCGCUAUGUCGCGACCGCCGCAGUGCGUCGAUGACAACCCGUUUGAGGACCCGGCAGUGAUCGAACACAUGGCAGAGCACCAGCAGCCUGAUCUGGGGCAGUUGUACAACCCCUUUGAGACAACCAGAGGGGCUCCCCCUCCGUACAACCCUGCUCCUGCCAUGACCACACCGCUGCCCCCGGAGAGACCCCCAGCUCCAGCUCCCGGUCUGUCCACCAGGAAGCAGAGUGCUGGAGAGCAAAGGAACUACGGGACCCAGAAACCCACAACAGUCCUGACGGCUGACUUGCAGCGGCAGCAGGAGGAGCUGGAGAGAAAGGCAGCUGAGCUGGACCGGAAAGAGCGGGCGUUACAGAACGCAUCUGCCUCCUCAGGGGGAACUGUGCAUAACUGGCCCCCGCUGCCCUCAUUCUGCCCCGUGAAGCCCUGUUUCUAUCAUGACAUCAAGGGGGAGAUUCCCCAAGACCUGCAGAAGACCGUCACCAUCAUGUAUUAUGUAUGGAUGUUGAGUGCCGUAGUGCUCUUCUUCAACCUGCUGGGGAGCCUCGCCUGGUUCACGGUCAGCGUGGAGGAGGGCACGCACUUCGGCCUCUCCAUCCUCUGGCUGCUGCUCUUCACGCCCUGUUCCUUCAUCUGCUGGUACAGACCCAUCUACAAGGCAUUCAGGAGUGACAGCUCAUUCAACUUCUUCACCUUCUUCUUCGUGUUCUUCAUCCAGGACAUUGUCUUUGUUUUAGAGUCAGUGGGGAUUCCAGGCUGGGGCUUCUGUGGCUGGAUUGCCUCGCUAUCUGCCUUGAAGAGCAAUGUAUUCGUGGGGGCAGUUAUGAUGGUGGUUUCGGUUUUGUUCACUACCUCUGCUGUGAUGGGCGUUGUGAUGCUGAAGAAGGUUCACUCCCUGUACCGACGGACAGGUGCCAGUUUCCAGAAGGCACAGGAGGAGUUGGCGGCUGGAGUGAUGUCCAACCCCGCCAUGCAGACUGCAGCCUCCAAUGCUGCCAGCGCCGCCGCUCACUCUGCCUUCCAGCGCAACUGAAGGCUGAGGAGGGAGGGGUCGACCCACCCCCCAGCCCCGCUGCUCAGCCGCUCUGAAGCCAUGGCUUCUGCAGAGGUGAAAGGUCGUGCCAAAUGAUUCACAACCAUAUCAUGUUUAACCCUUGGAUUUUGCUCCCGGUCAGUGGACAGGGAAUAGCCUCUCCUGUUCCCCGUCCCCAAUAGGAUUCUGGACAUUCCCAAUCUCCCAGUCGGAUUCUGGACAUUCCUAGUCCCCUUUUAUUCCUGAAUAUUCCCAGCUCUCUUGUAGGUUCCUGGACAUUCCUUGCCCCCCCCCCCCCCAAUUAGGAUCCUUUCUAGAACCAUUCGGGUUCCCAGAAUUCUACAUCACCUAUGUCUGGAGUACUGGACUUGUCCGGCUGAUGUCCUGCCAUUUCCCUACCCCAGUGGAUGCCACCUUGCCCCGCAAUGCUGUGUCCAAGCGAGGAGAUCCCCUUCCCGAUGAAUCAGCCUUGGCAGGAUGGAGGGAGGGUGAGAGAAACCUGUGAUCGGUGACACACAGGGGAAAUGAGUGCUCACUAAAGGGGGGGGGGGGCUGCCUGCCUCCUUGUGGCCGACCCCAAAAAGUGCAGCCCUGACAUCUGCCACAGGAAUCACCCUUUGCGGGCCUCUCUGAAUCACGCCUGGUAAAUCCAGCUUGGCCCAAAAUUAUUCUUGCACUAAACUUGCCACUUGUCUCAGUGAGUUUUCCCCAGAGGUUUAAGCAGACCAUUUCCAGAGAUGAGUUUUCCAAUUACCUUGGUUGUUUUCCUCCUUUGGUCUCGGGAGGUGAGGGAGGUGAUGGUGGUGGGGGGAAGGACUCGCUAGAGUUUGUCUGCUCCAGACAGCAGAGUGGAGCAUUCCUCCCUGCAUUUCAUCCAGUUUCAAUUCUGACCUCUUGCUGAACUUUCCCAUUCCCCCUUAAGCCUUCAGCUCUCUGGGCCCCGAGGCUCAGAAUACCCUACCUGCAUCCUCUCCCCAUCUCCCAUACUUUGUAAAUGGCUCUCCCUCUCUUUCUCAGACGAGUUGCCCUACUAAUCUCACUUGGACAGUGUCAAGCACUUGGUUAAUCUGUCUUGGGAGGUCUUACUGUAUUAAAAAACUGUUACACUGAUCCAAGCUCCUUGUCUUCCUUGCCUGCUGACUCCUUGAAUGAUCUCACGGAUUCACUUUUACUGACCUUGGAUUGUCUGGGCUAGAUGCAAGAUCCCUCCACCUGAUUCCCCCGUUGGUGACCGAAUCCGGAUCAACAGUGUAGAAGUCAAAACGGAACUCAAUUUGUAAAUCCCCAAAACAAGUGCUUGAAUCGCCGAGUCCUAGGGAACAAGCUCUGGUAAACAUGAUCAGUGUAGAUGAGGUACUCUUCUCGAUGAAAGGUUUUAGCCCUAAACGUCAGCAAUCUCUCUCACAGAUGCUGCUCAACCUGCUGAGUUCCUCCAGCAGAUUAUAUGUCUGCCAUAGACACUUACUGCACAGAAAUUGGCCCUUUGGCCCAUCCGAUCCAUGCUGAACUGUUAUUCUGUGUAGCACCUGGACCAUAGCACCCCUCCCUUAUUCAAAAUUCUCUUAAAUGUUAAAAUCAAACCUGUAUCCACCUCUUCCGCUGACAGCUCGUUCCACAUACUCACCACUGCCUGAGUGAAGAAGUUCUCCCUCAGGUUCCCUGUAAAUAUUUCACCCUUUCACUCUUAAUCUAUAACCUCUAGUUCUAGACUCACCCAACCUCAGUGGAAAAGGCCUGCUUGCAUUUACCCUAUCUAUGCCCCUCAUAAUUUUGAAUAACUUUAUCAACUCACCUCUCAGUCUUCCACCAGGGAAAAAAGCCUAACCUGUUCAAUGUUUCUUGAUAACUCAGCGCCUUAAUAUCCUUGCAAAUUUUCCCUGUGCUUCUUCAAUCUUGUCUUGUGUCUUGCUAAGUGACAGCAUAGACGUGGUGGGCUGAAGGGAGGUUUCCUGUGCGGUACAACUCUUAGAACUUAGAAUACUACAGCAUAGGCUAUGCCUCUGAUCAUUUUAUAAACUUUUAAUAGUUUUCUCCUCGACCUCUGACACCCCAGAGAAAACAACCUACACUUUCAACCUCUCCUGAAAGCAAGCCUAAUCAUACCGAGUAAUACUAAUCUCACUUGCCUGCUUAUCCCUCUUAGCCCUGUUCAGAUGCCUCUGAAAUGUUGUCACUGUUUGUACCCCCACAUCUCCUCUGGCAGCUUAUUCCAGAGACCAACAAUUAAUGUGGAAAAUUUACCCCUCGGAUCCCCUUUAAAAUCCACUCCCCCCCCACCUGAAAUGCAUGCUCUCUCAUAAUGGACAUUUCAAUCCAGGGACAAAGAUUCUGGCUGUCUAACCUAUCUGUGCCUCUGAUAAUUGUGUAUGAUCCUGUCAGGUUCACCCUCAGCCUCUCACACUCCAAAGAAAACCUGAAAGAAAAAUGAGUAGAGUAGCUUUAUUUGUCAGGUCUAUAUUUGGGGCGGCAUGGUAGUGAUAGUGGUUGUCACAGCGCUUUACAGUUCCAGCAACCUGAGUUCAAUUCCUGCCAUUGCCUGGCGGGAGUUUGUGUAUGCUCCCCAUGACCGCGUGUGUUUCCUCCGUGCUGUAGUUUCACCCCACAGUCCAAAGACAUACCAGUCGGUGGGUUAAUUCCUCAUUGUAAAUUGUCCCGUGAUUAGAUCAGGACUAAAUCGGGGGAUGAGGGUGGGGGGGGAGGUUACCGGGCGGAAGGACCUAUUCCGCAUUGUAUGUCAAUAAAUAAAUUAAAACAUACAGUGAAAUGUGUCAUUGGCAUCAAGUGAAAUCACCCAUAACCCUUUGUUCAUUAAUACUCGUCAUAGUCCCAUAAUCAGAUCAAAUCGCCAGUCCCCUCAAUACAUUAAUGGUCCUGUCAUUGAAUCAAAUCCAGCAGAUACUUCUGCAAAUUUAUACUCCUCAUGGUCCUAUCAUCAAGUGAAAUUGGCCAGACUCUUCUGUACAUUAAUACUUCUAAUAGUCCUAUCCUGAAAUCAGUCAGAUCCUUCUGUAUAUUAAUGCUCCUCAUAGCCCUAUUAUCAAAUCAGCCAGCCCCCUCUGUAUACUAAUGCUCCUCAUGAUCCUAUCAUCAAUUCAUAUCAGUGAGAUCCCUCCAUACAUUUAAUACUGCUCAUGCUCCUCUUAUCAAUUCAGCCAGAUCCCUCUCUACAGUCUUGCUCCUGAGAGUCGUAUUAUCUAAUCAAAUAAAUCAGAUCUCUCUGUAUAUUGAUGCUCCUCGCGUCCUAACAUGAAAUCAGCCAAACCACUCUGUUCAUUAUUUAUCCUCAUGAUCCUAUCAUCGCAUUAGUCAGCUACCUCUGUACAUUAAUGUAACUCGUGGUCCUAUCACCAAAUGAUAUCUGCCAGGUCCCUUUAUCCAUUAUUAUGGUCUUAUUGUCAUAUCAGCUAGACCCCUCUGCACAUUAAUGUUGCUUAUGGCCCAAUAGUCAUAUCAGCCAGAUCCCACCCCCCUCCAUGCAUUAACUGCCCUCAAAGUCCUAUCAUCAAUUCAGCCAGAUUCCUCUGUACAUUUACACUCCUGAUAGUCCUAUCGUCUAAUGAAAUAAACCUGAUCCCUCUGUCCAUUAAUGCUCCUCGUGUCCUAUCAUCAAAUCACCCAGACCCCUUUGUUCAUUAAUGCUCCUCAUGGACCUAUUAUUGAAUCAACCAGAUCCCUCAGUAUGUUAAUGCUCCUCAUUGUCGUAUCAUCAAAUCAAAUCAGCCCGAUCCAUCUGUACGUUAAUGCUGCUGAUGGCCCUAUCAUCGUAUAAUGCCCUGGUUCAUAUUUUUACUGUUAUGCUGUAUGUAUUUCAUUUUGGCAGUUCUGUAAGAGCAGCUUGUUUUCAGCUUGCUUGGGUUAUUGCUGAAGAUAAGAGCUGAGGAGAAAUGUGUGCCAUCCAGUUAGGAUGGUCGGAUUAUGGGCUGUUUCUCUGGUGAGGGACACUAAGGUUGGGCUUGGGGACUUUUGUUCGGUGGGAGAUGAAGAAAGAAGACACUCAUACAAUCCGGUUGGAGACCUGUUUCUUUGAGAUGAAUUGCGAGAGAUGUUCAGUAGGUGUUGUGGGCGUUCAUGCUGACUGAGGGCCCAGCGCUUGAGUGACAGAGAAGUUCAACAUGAGCUCCAACUUGUGCACGUUUGACUGUUUAAUUAUAAUGUGCCCUUUUCUGUUUGUUAUUCUUUACUAACCCUUUAGUUAAGAUUCAUAAAUAUAAUUCCUUUAAUCGUAUGCAGUGUCCUGUCUGUUGUUUCGUGGCACUAAUUUGUAAAAGUAGUAAA